AGCGCUGAGAGGAAUGAUGGCCGGAAGAGAGAAACCGGACGUCAGUGUUCUAAACUCCGAGCAGCAGGAGAAACUGCGACAGUUUAAGAUAAAGACAAGAAUCGACAACGAGAGGUAUCUGAGGUCCCAUCCAGAGGUGGAUGUGCUGAUAGGAGGCUUUUUAAGAGAUGUUCUUCACAAACGACCUGCUGAUGUCCGAGAGUUUGCUGCAGAUCACUUCACAAACCCAGAUCUUCAAGCUGCUGUUGUUUCUAAAAUGCAAGAAAACAGUGGCCUGGAGUGAGACCCCGUCUGCAGCUUCUCCUGGGGGUCUGAUUCUGUUAUGUUGAUGCACACUUCUGUGUUUCUUCACCUCCAUGCAGAGAAAAUCAGCCAG